UCCAAGAAUUCCCCAGGCAGGCAAGCGUACGCACUUAGCAUCAGCACGAAUGCACGAUGCGGCUCCAAAAUAAUCCCUUCCCGGCCUCCUCUCCGUCUCCUUUCCCGCGUUGGCCUAGUGCGCUCUACUCCCCAACCAAACUGCUACCCGCGCUCACCAACCAUAAAUAACCUCCCUGCAUCCUCUUCUCAUCCACGCCCGCCACCAUUUCCGCCAUCCGCUCCGCUUCCCGGCGCGCCGAGGUGUCGCGGUUUCUUGGCCGUGCUGCUUUCUUCGCUCAACUUCUCGUUGUUUGUUGGAGAGUUGAGGCGUCGAGUCGGCAAUGGGUAUCCUCUCGAGCAUGACCGGUAAGGCGGGCGCCAGCGGGUUCGGGUCGGCGUCCACGGCGGAGCAGGUCACCGACGGCGUCGACGCCAGCCACCUCACCGUCGUCAUCACAGGAGGAGCUAGUGGCAUUGGUCUGGAGACAUCAAGAGUCUUCGCCCUUAGAGGAAUCCAUGUCAUCAUUGCCGCAAGAAACACUGAGGCUGCAUCAAAAGCAAUGAAGACCAUCAUGGAAAAUAAUCCAGCAGCACGAAUUGAUGUUCUGAAGCUUGACCUCAGCUCCCUCAAGUCUGUCAGGGCUUUUGCGGACCAGUUCAACUCGAUGAAAUUUCCUCUGAAUAUCCUGAUAAAUAACGCAGGUGUGAUGUUCUGCCCUUUUCAACUGUCUAAAGAUGGAGUCGAGAUGCAAUUCGCCACCAAUCAUCUCGGACACUUCCUGCUUACCAAUCUCCUCCUCGAUAAUAUGAAAGCCACUGCCAAGUCUACGGGUAUUGAGGGUCGCAUUGUGAACUUGUCAUCAUAUGCCCACCACGUGACAUACCCAAAGGGAAUUGAGUUUGACAAAAUCAACGAUGAGAAAAAAUACAGUGAUAAAAUGGCUUAUGGACAAUCUAAGCUGGCAAACAUACUGCAUGCAAAGGAGCUUUCUAGACGGCUCAAGGAAGAAGGAGCAAACAUCACAGUUAAUAGUGUUCAUCCUGGAAUGAUCAUGACCAAUUUGUUUAGGCACUCCUUUGUUCUCAUGAAGUUGAUUCAAGUUGCAACUUACUUGCUGUGGAAGAAUGUGCCCCAGGGAGCAGCAACUACAUGUUAUGUGGGACUGAACCCACAGCUGAGGGGAGUGACAGGAAAAUACUUUGCUGACUGCAACGUGGCAAAGACGAGCAAACUGGCAAGAAGCGACGAGUUGGCGAAACAGCUCUGGGACUUCAGCGAGGAGCUGACCAAAUCUGCGCAAUGAGAGCCGUAGGAUCUGGAUCAGAGGAGUGUUCUGAUUGUGCUUGGCAUAUGGUAUUACUAGUGAUUACUGGUUAAUAUAGUAGCAGUGGCUAUAGGAACCUGAGCAGUGGUGGAGCUGAUGGUGUUCAGAAAUAAAUCUCCAUGCAUGCUUUCCUAGAUUAUUCUGGUGUGGCAAAGAUCAACCUGUGUACUCUUGUUAAUACCUGUCCAAUAUAUGUGCAGCUGAGUUCUGGUUUGAAGUUGAGAUUUGUGUUUGCCUGAAA